AUGGUCUCCCUUCGUUUACAAAAGAGGUUAGCUGCUUCCAUCCUCAAGUGCGGAAAAGGAAGAGUUUGGAUUGAUCCAAAUGAAAUCUCUGAAGUCUCAACUGCCAACUCCAGAGCUGGUAUCCGUAAGUUGGUCAAGAAUGGUUUCAUCAUCCGUAAGCCAGUCGUUGUCCACUCACGUUUCAGAACCAGAGAAUUGGCUGCUGCCAAGAAGAUUGGUCGUCACAGAGGUUUCGGUAGUCGUUGCGGUACCCGUGAGGCCCGUAUGCCAUCCAAGCUCCUCUGGGUCCGUCGUAUCCGUGUCCUCCGUAGACUCCUCAAGAAGUACCGUGAGGCCAAGAAGAUCGAUCGUCACACCUACCGUGAACUCUACCUCAAGGCUAAGGGUAACACCUUCAAGAACAAGCGUACCUUGAUCGAAUACAUCAUCAAGACCAAGACCGAAAGACUCAGAGAGAAGCAAAUCAACGAUCAAGCUGAAGCCCGUAGAGCCAAGAACCGUAACCUCAGAGAUCGUCGUAUCUCCAAGGCUGCCAAGGAAGCCACCGCUUAA